GUUACUCAUCCCAGCUGAAAGCGAAUAUGCAAUCUCCACCCUUCCUUUUUUAGAUGCCCACCGCAAAAUUCUCGCACCCGUUUGAUGAAUUCCUCUUUUAGAGUUCCGCCGUGUGUCUCCCCGUAGUCCCGUCCGACAUGGCAUUCAACUCCUUCUGAAAUCCGGAUUUCAAGUCCGCACUAUAAAUUACAGUCCCUCAAGAACCACCCAUCUCACCGACGGCACCCCGACACUGAAGUUUGGAGUGUCAAAAUUAAAAACGUUAGAAAAGGGAACUCUUUUGAGGAAAGAAAACAAGACUAGUGAUUCAGUGUAUGUCUUGCAGAGCUCUGUAAUCUCCGAAUUUAGCUCUUAAAAUCGCUGCAGCUAAUUUUGUUACUGAUGAAAGGAUUUUUCUUUGGUGCAUUGCUUCAACUGCCAUAAGUUAUGGGAGAGGAAGAUACUGUGUCUGAGUUGCCAGAUGCCGCUGCAAAUGGGAAUGCACCCCUUGAGGGAAACAAUGAGGCUGCUGAGGAGAAAAAAGAGGAGGAAAACAAUGGUGUAAAGGACAUGGAAGAGGAUAGCAAGGAAGGUGAUAAGGCGGAGGCUGAGAAAAUGGAUGUGGAUACAAAAGAAGUGAAGGAAAGCAAUGAACCUAAAGAAGAUAAAAUAGAAAAAGAAGAAGCAGAAGAGGAAGAAACUGGAGAUGAGGGAAACAAAAUGGAGGAAGAAAAGUUGGAGGCCAAGGAUGAGCAAAUGGAGGAAGACCAAGUGGGGGAAGAAGCAAGCAAGGAAAAUGAAGAUAAUGUUGAAGAAGAGACAGAUGGUUCGAAGGAGGUAGAAGAAAAGGAGUCUGAACAGCCUAAAGUGGAGAAAAAGGGGAAAAAGGGUGCUAAAUCAAAAAGUGGUUCUGGAGAGAAAGGCAAAGAAAAAAAGAAAGAAGGGGAAGGGAAGAAGGAGAAGGAACCCAAAACUCCUGCAGCACCUACAAUCGAUCGUCCUGUCCGUGAACGAAAAUCUGUGGAAAGGCUGGUAGCAUCUAUUGAGAAAGAUUCUGUCAAGGAAUUCCACAUAGAAAAGGGCCGUGGAACUGCACUGAAGGACAUUCCAAAUGUGGCGUUCAAGUUAUCCAGAAAGAAGAGUGAUGACACCUUGAAAUUGCUUCACACAAUACUUUUUGGAAGGAGAGGAAAGGCUGCUCAGAUUAAGAGUAACAUAUUAAGGUUUUCUGGCUUUGUGUGGCAUGAAAAUGAGGACAAGCAAAAGAUGAAGGUGAAAGAAAAACUUGACAAGUGUGUAAAAGAGAAGUUAUUGGAAUUUUGCGAUGUACUUGAUAUACCUGUUACCAAGGCUACAUCGAGGAAGGAAGAUGUAAUUGUAAAGUUGAUGGACUUUUUGGAGGCUCCACAAGCUACAACUUCCGAGUUGCUUGCUGAGAAAGAACAGGCAAGUAAGGGCAAACGUAAGAGGGUUAGCAAUAAAAGUGGAUCAUCAGCAUCUGGAAAUGCGAAAGGCUCAGCUAAGAGACAGAGGACUUCAUCUGCAUCUAAAAAGGGUGAGAAGAAGAAUACACAUGAAUCUGAAGAUGGGUCGGAGGAAGAAUCAGAAGAAGAACACGAAGAAACAAAAGCAAAUGGUGGUCCUGACAAAUCAGAAGAUGAGAUUUCAGAGCAUGCUGAAAGCGACGAGAACAAUGAAUCUGAAGACGAGUCCGAGGAGGAAAAGAAAAAAGAAAAACGAAGUUCAAAGAAGUCAACAUCAAAGAAGGAACCUAAAGAUGAAGCUGAGGAGGAAAAGCCUAAACAAAAAGAGACUUCUAAGAAAUCUUCGUCAAAGAAGGAAUCUAAAGAUGAAUCUGAGGAGGAAAAGCCUAAACGAAAAGAGACUUCUAAGAAAUCUUCGUCAAAGAAGGAAUCUAAAGAUGAAUCGGAGGAGGAAAAGCCUAAACAAAAAGAAACUUCUAAGAAAACUUCGUCAAAGAAGGAACCUGCUGGAAAAUCUAAGAAGAGUGUUGCAACUCCUAAAAAGACUCCUAGCAAAACAUCAAGUCAAUCUAAGGUUAGCGAUGGCAAUGAUGAAAGUUCAAAAGUGUCCUCAAGGAAGAAAAACACUGAAGUUAAAAAAGUUAAGUCCUCAACUCCAAAGAAGUCUGCUUCCAAGGAAAGCACAGGGAAAAAAACUGUGAAAGGUAAAGAGCAACCCAAAGAGGAAAAAUUAAAGCCAACUGAUGAUGAGCUGAAAGAAGCAAUAUGUGAAAUCCUUAAAGAAGUUGAUUUCAACACGGCCACAUUCACCGAUGUUGUAAAGCAAUUGGCUAAGCAAUUCAAUACAGAACUUAAGGCAAGAAAAGCAUCUAUAAAGGAGAUGAUCCAGGAUGAGCUUACGAGACUAGCAGAAGCAGACGAGGAAGAUGAAGGCGGCGCUGUAAAAGAUGAUAGACAGCCUUCUAGCCAAGGUGUAGAUACUACUUGAACAGAGUGGAUAUGUGCCUCCACACCCGUCAUUUCUCAUUUAGCUGUGCAAUGUUGUCUGUCCAUUCCUAAAUUAAGCCAACUAUAAUUUCCUAAUUGCUAUUCCAUUCACCUGUAAAAGACUAGGGGAUUUGAGAGGUAGUAGUGCUUAAGCUGUGCUGCAAGGAUUAAAGCUGCUUUCUCUGUAACAAAAAUUUGUAGGAUCUUGUUUACUAGCUGUGUUUUUCUUUCCUUUUCUUCCUUGGGAUCUCUUGCUGCUGUAUUUUCGCUGCAACAUAUACUCAUAUCCUGCAGUAGAGUAGAGAAAGGUGGCAAAGAUACUGGUGAUAAUAUUGUGUA